CAGUGGGAUGGACGUUUCCCGCUGCAAACAGAGACGGGACAAAGCCGAUUUCUAAAACAGAUCCAGACGCCGCUCGAGGAUGCGUUUGGCACGAGAAACGGCGGCACCACCGGCACCGACUCACCUGGUGCGCCUUUAAGUUGAGCCAAAAUGCAGAUGUUGGCACUGGCGUGGGCGGUGGCGCUGCUGUGCCCGAAGGCGUCACGGUCCGUAGAGUGUCCGGCGAGGUGCGACGUGAGGGCCUGCCCGAGCCCCGGCUGCCCCGGCGGCUACGUGGCGGACCGCUGCAACUGCUGCUUGGUGUGCGCCGCCGGCGAGGGAGAGCCGUGCGGCGGCCGGGACGGCCCGGCCUGCGGCGACGGCCUGGAGUGCCGUCGCCCGGACGCCGAGCUGCGGGGUUUGUGUCGCUGCAAGCUGAGCCAGGAGGCGUGCGGCAGCGACGGGAAGACGUACGCCAACGCGUGCCGGCUGAGGGCCGCCGGCAGGAAGGCGCUGCAGCGGGGACUCCGGGACGUCGGCCAGGUCCGAACGGGACCCUGUCGCGGCGGCGCGGGUACUGCCAGUACAACACGUGCUGCCAGCCCUCGAUACAGGUUCAACUUCAUCGCCGACGUGGUGGAGAAGAUCGCCCCGGCUGUGGUCCACAUAGAACUGUUCCUCAGGCAUCCCCUGUUCGGCCGCAACAUCCCUCUGUCGAGCGGCUCGGGCUUCGUGAUGUCCGGGCACGGGCUGAUCGUGACCAACGCUCACGUGGUCUCCGGCAACUCGCCCGUGUCGGCUCGCCAGCACCUGAAGGUCCAGAUGCAGAACGGCGACGUUUACGAAGCCGGCAUCAAAGACAUCGACAAGAAGUCGGACAUUGCCACCAUCAAAAUCCACCCUCAGACCGAGCUCCCCGUCCUGCUUCUGGGUCACAGCGCCGACUUGAGGCCCGGCGAGUUUGUGGUGGCCAUCGGCAGCCCCUUCGCCCUCCAGAACACGGUCACCACCGGCAUCGUCAGCACGGCCCAGAGGGACGGCAAGGAGCUGGGCCUCCGGGACUCGGACAUGGACUACGUCCAGACGGACGCCGUCAUCAAUUUUGGCAACUCAGGAGGGCCUCUGGUCAACUUGGACGGCGAGGUGAUCGGCAUCAAUACCUUGAAGGUCGCCGCGGGAAUCUCCUUCGCCAUCCCUUCGGACAGGAUCACGCGCUUUCUCAACAACUCCCUGGCCGAGCACGGCACAGGCGAGACAUCGAUCGCGCCUCCGCCCCCGCGUCCGUCCCCUUCAGAUGUCCGGCCGGCCAAGAAGCGCUUCAUCGGCAUCAGGAUGCUCACCGUCACUCCGGCGCUGGUUGAGGAACUACGACAGCAGAGGCCCGACUUUCCCGACGUUCCCGGCGGCGGCAUCUACGUCCACGAGGUGGUUCCUCACUCCCCGGCGCAGAAAGGCGGCAUCAGAGACGGCGACAUCCUCGUCAAGCUGAACGGGCGCCCCGUGCUGAGCGCGGCUCAGCUGCAGAGGGCGCUCCGGGAGGAGACGGCCCUCCUGCUGGAGGUUAGGCGGGGCGGCGACGACCUGCUCUUCGACAUUCAACCGGACGUCAUGGCGCAAUAAACAACGGUGAGCUGCAAAAGCAGCCGGAGUCGGGAAUCGGUGAGGGAGCUGUUGCGCAACCAUCUGCAACAGCUCCAAAUGCGCCCCUAUACGUACUCCCACAUACUUGGACUUUUGGACGCAUCGCGCAGCGCCUCCUGUCAAGAGACGGGAAAACGAAGACUUCCCCAAACUCCCUGUUGUUAUCCGCCAAAAGCUCACAAUUGUUGCCUUUUCCCCUCACAAGUCUGAAAUGAAGGUUUUGUGACGUUUCUCCAAACGCCGCUGGAGAGAGAGAGAGAGAGAGCAGCCCCGUGUGCCACCGUGCGGCAGCCAUUUUGCAUCCUCACAAUAACAGGCAGCCAAGUAAAUGCUGUUAUUUCAGAGAUAUUCAUGAAUAUGGAGGAAUUUGUCUUUCCCGUUAUUGCGAUUGCAUAAAGACAGGAGGUGUUA